GGUCCUGCUGUUUUGAUCAAGUUUGACAAACAAUCGUAUCUGUAUCGAAUCUCUAUCUUGAAACCGCUUGGGGGUUAGAAAUGCGGAGUUGGUUCUCGGAAUAAGCAGGCAUGCUUGAGCUCUAGACGCCGAGAGAGUGUACCUCCAUGACCUCGACAAGGCAUCUUCAUAAACAUCAGAGGAGUACUUGCGUCAGCUGUAGAGACGAGAAAUUUCAACUGAUCUUCGACUAUAUGUGGCUGAAACUCCGAUGAAAGACGCCGCCUUCCUACAUUACAUCGAGUCCAAAGUGGUCGACGGCGGAGACACAGUUACUGCGAAGAAUCUAUCCGCCGAGCUGGGCAUAAACCUUCGCAAAGCUCAGAGUUUGCUGACCGACUUCGUCAGGACCUCGAAAGCCGAUCUGACUUAUUAUUUUGUGGAAGUCGGUGAUGCGACGGUCUGUCUGAAGAGCAACAGGAGCUCAGAGUUUUCACCCGAACACGUCGUUGAAGCUCUCGCGCCGGACUACCGAGCUGAGAGUCUCGUUCGAAGCGAUCUGGAAUAUCUGUUGGAGAAUCGCUUAAGAAACGUCAUACGAUUCUAGAGCUAGGGUCUCGAGCCUGCUCAAUAGAGUUCGCCAAACAGCAUAUUCUCGCAAUCCGGUCAAAAUGGCUGAGGCAUCGCAAACGACCGACGUCAGCUUCACUUGCCAGCGUUGUUCGAUGCCACUGAAAUUGGACGAAUCGUUCCGGACUGUUGACGCUCGAUUAUGUACAGAAAUCGCAGCUCCCGUUGUUCUUCUGAAGCCCUCGUCGCAGGAUGAGCCGCUGGUAUUGCCCGAGCCGUCCACGGAUGACGACACUGUUUGUAGAAAGCUGACGGCACCCCUGCGAGUGGUCGAGAGCGAAAAUUACACCGUCGUGGUAGGAGACAAUGUACAUAAGGAACCAGGUAAAUUUUCGCAACAUUUUGAGAUGACAGCUCGCUUAUUCGACGUCCUCACCGACCAAUCAGAAGUGGAGCAUCCUCUGUGCGAAGAAUGUACCGAUACGUUAAUAGACCACAUGGAGAAAGAACUCAGCACGGCCGAGAGCGAAGUGAAAGACUACAAGAGAUACCUCAGCGAGAGGAGCGACAACGACGAGGAGAGCAUCGAAGAUCUACGAGCGGAUCUCGCCAAACUCCAGGCCGAGGAGAAGGAACUGAUCGAGACCCUCCACAAAGUUGAGAGCGAGCGCGCCGCUGUCUUUCACAAGCGAGACCUACUCUUGCAGGAUAAGAAACGGCUGGAAGAAGACGAGAAGAAACAUUUCAAGGAAUACAUGGAUCUCAAACGUCAGUGGAUUUGCGCCAGCGAUGAGAAAAUCUCCGUCGAAAAUCAAUUAGCGUACGCACAGGCUCAGCUUGAUCUGUUGGCGAAGACGAAUGUCUUCAACGCGACGUUCCACAUAUGGCACGACGGUCACUUCGGGACCAUCAACGGAUUCCGACUAGGGAAACUCCCCGAUAUCCCAGUCGAUUGGAAGGAGAUCAACAUUGCGUGGGGACAGACCGUGCUCCUGAUGAACUCACUGGCAAAACGGCUGAGUUUCUCCUUUGGGAAGCAUCGCUUGGUGCCCUUCGGAGACAGAUCAUAUAUCGAGGUGGUCAGUGAGAAAGGAACUGAGAAACUACCGCUAUAUCACACGGGGGGUCUGCGUUUCAUAUACGACGUCAAGUUUGAUUUGGGCAUGGUGGCCUUCUUGGAGUGUUUGUCUCAGUUCAAGCAGGAAGUGGAGCAGCGCAACAAAAACUUCAGUCUUCCGUACAGCAUGUUGGAUGGGAAAAUUCGUGAUAACAAUUCCGAGAAGGCUUUCUCGAUCAAGUACCAGCUCAACACCGAGGAAGAAUGGACGAAGGCGCUGAAAUUCAUGCUGACAAAUCUGAAAUGGGCUGUCGCGUAUUGCAGCGCUAGUUCGAGAGACGCUCCAAGUUAA